AAAUACGACACGAACCACGACGACCGCAUCAGCCACAGAGAGUACACUCAACACGUGAACGCCAGCACCCCCGCCCUGCUGCCUCUGAGCCUGGAGCUCUACAAGAUCUAUGACGUGGACAACGACCACCACUUGGACGAGCAUGACUUCAACAACCUCUUCGCUCUCAUCGAUAGCGACUCCAACGGCCGUGUCGAGAGGUCUGAGUUUGUUCGAUACUGGACCAUCCUGCUCAAGAAUCUGGAACACCUUCACUCUCACGACAACCACAACAACCACAACCACAACCACAACCACAACCACAACAACUAGGCUUGACUCGUGCAUGGCUGAAGAAAAAAGCUGGGCUACGCUAUAAGUUCAACGAAACCUUUACAGAAAAUUAGUCUAGGAGCCUGAAAGUUGAAAGAUUUAUGGACCUCAGUUAUUGUGUCAAGAAUCACCCAAACCAAUAAGAACUAGUACUGAUUUUGGAAAUAUAGGAGUAAUGUACAAACAUAAUACAUGUAUUCAUUGUAUAAUUUUGAAAAACGGAGGUACUACCCACUAAGAAGAGCUAAGUAAACAGGUAAUUCUUGGAAAUAAAGGGAAAUGUUUUAGUGGGAGAGGUC